AUGUCCGAGCUACAUUAUUUAUGCAAAUUCCCACAACGUCCAAUAACUAAUGCAUACAUUGAUAACCUAAAGUACUAUCUAAAAAAUGGAAUUCCAGCAACAUACACCGUUGAAGAAGCAUACAAUUACACCAAUAAUAUUGAAGAAGAGCCAACGACAACUACAACUCCACUACAUUUGAUAUGUACACAUGUGCCAAAAGAUGCUACUCCAGAUGAAGCGGCGAUUGUUUCCCAACUCGUUGAAAUUCUCUUUGAAUAUGGUGCGGGAUGGUCUUUUACCGACAUCAAUAAUAAUACCCCUGGUUGUAUUUUGAUUGAACGGGGGUUGCAACAUUUGCCUAUUUAUCAACAAAUUGUGGAAGCUGGAGUGAGAGCUGAAUUGUUGUUACGGAAGGUUGGAGAGUAUGAUAUGGAGGUGAUUAGUGAUACUGAAGAUUUAGAUCACGAAGCAAUUGUAGGUGAAAAAGAAGUGACGGAGGUUACGAAAGAUACUGUGACCGAGGAAACUACGACAGACCAAAUCAAGUUAGAGCCCAAUGCUGUACAAGUAGAUCAAGAUGAUGAACCAGAUGCUCCAUCCCAAAACCAACAAUCAUACCUCAACACCAAGCUCGAAUACAUUGACGAUGCAUUAGUCACCAAAGAUAGGAAAGAUGGAGUCAUGAUGUCAUGGGAAUCAGAUAUAAUGAAACUUGGUGCAGAUACGUUAUUCAAAGGAGCAUAUAUUGAAGAAAAUGAACUUGAUUCGGAAAUCAAUGUUUUAAAUAUUGGUUUCGGUAUGGGGAUUAUCGAUACCAUGAUCCAAGAUAAACAUCCCACGAUGCAUUAUAUAUGUGAGGCUCAUCCUGAUGUUCUAGAGAAAUUAAAAACUGACGGAUGGUUUGAUAAAUUAAAUGUGAAAAUACUCCCCGGUAGAUGGCAAGAUCAACUCCCCAAACUACUAAACGAGGGCGUAUUUUUCAAUGGGAUUUAUUACGAUACAUUUUCAGAACAUUAUUCUGAUAUGUUGGACUUAUUUGAUUUAAUAGUGGGGUUGCUCAAACCACACGGUGUUUUCUCAUUCUUUAAUGGGUUGGGUGCUGAUAGACAAGUGAUUUAUCAAGUUUAUCAGAAAUUGGUGGAAUUGGAUUUGGAAAACUAUGGAUUACAAUGUAAAUUCAUUGAUGUUGAUGUUCCUGGGACCUUAUUUAAAGGAGACAAGAAGAGCGACGAUGAAGAUGGAAGUGUAUGGGAUAAUGUAAAGAGAAGUUACUGGUCUUGUCCUACAUACUAUCACCCAGAAAUAAAAUUUAUAGACUUUUGA